AUGGCCUCUGCAGAAGAUGAUUUUACGUCUUUACCCUUGGUGGAAAGACUUGAACACAAGCAAUGGAAAGCACGAGUGUCUGCAUACACAGAACUCAAAGACAUCUUUCGAAAAACAAUUGACGACAACAUCUUCUCUACCUACGAAAGCUGCCUAAAGAAGAUCGCUACAGAUGCCAAUGCAGUCGCGCAGGAAACUGGUCUAAACGCCAUUUACGAGUUUGUUGACAAAGCUCCAAAUGCCACAAGUACUCGUGAAACUAUUGUACCUGCUUUGGUAGAAAAAUGUUUGGGUGCAACCAAGGCCGGCACAAAGCAAAGAGCAACUGACAUUAUCUUGCUCUAUGCAGAAAUAGACACUCCAGACCCAGUCAUUGAAUUUGUCAUGCCAGGUCUGAGCGCUAAACAACCAAAACUAGUGACUCAAGUGAUCACUGUACUCAAGGAUCUGGUGAGGACCUUUGGUAUAAAGAAAACAAGUCCAAAACCUAUAUUGAAAGCAAUCCCAAAACUAUUUGGCCACACUGACAAAAAUGUCCGAGCAGAGGCAUCUGCAUUGGUGGUCGAAUUGUUCCGUUGGAUAGGUGCAGCUAUCAAUACCUAUCUGUCAGAUCUCAAGCCAGUUCAAGUAAAAGAACUAGAAGAGAGCUUCACAAAAUUACCACCAGGGAAAGCUGUCCCUGAAAGAUUGAUCAGAUCAGAACAAGCCGCAGCAGAAGAAGAGGCUGCAGCAGAGAUGGAAUUACAUAAUGAAGGUGAUAAAGAAGAAGACGAACCAAUGGAAGACGUCGUGGAUGCAUUUGAUCUUGCGGAUCCAGUAGAUAUCACCAGCAAAUUACCAGAAAAUUUUAGUACUCUCAUUGCCUCUAAAAAUUGGAAAGAAAGAAAAGAGGCCCUGGAUGCUGUAUUUGAAGGGACGAAAACCCCACGUAUCCUAGACAAGGACUACACUGAACUAAUGGCUGCACUCACAAAGCGUAUCAAUGAUGCCAAUAUUUUAUUGGUUGGUCUGACAGCAAACUGCAUUGAAGCCAUCGCCUCCGGGCUCCGUACCGAUUUUGGAAAAUAUAAACCAGUGGUUACACCCACUCUGAUAGAGAAACUAAAGGAACGUAAACCAGCAAUUCUGGAGCACCUCACGAAUGCACUCAAUGCUGUGCUAGCUUCCGUGCCCCUUUCAGAAAUAUUCGAAGAUCUCGUUGUCGGAUCAAAACACAAGAAUCCACAGGUUCGUGGCGAGACAGCAAAAAUCCUGUCGCGGCGCCUGAAGGAGAUCCGGGAUGUGCCGUCAAAAACGGAAACAAAAGUAUUGGCAGAACUUAUGCUAAAGACCCUUGACGAUGCCGACGGAAGUGCCAGAGAAGCCAGUGCGGAGGGUUUGGGAACCUUGAUGAAGGUCGUCGGCGAAAAGGCAAUGGUUCCGUAUACCGACGGCAUGGAUGACAUCAAGAUGGCCAAGAUCAAGGAAGCAUUCUCAAAGGCUGUCGUCAAAGCCAAGGCCAAGGCCGCGCCCGUCAAGAAGCCUCCACCACCACCAAAGAAGGCACCUGCAGCUGUCAAGAAAGCACCCGCUAAACCAAAACCAGCACCCGAGCCGACCCCUGUGGCGAUGGAUGAAGAUGAGGAUGCAACAGUAAUCAGCCCACCCAAACGGAAACCUCCUGCGCGCCUUGCUGGAGGAAGCACCAAGAAGCCAGCGCUGUCGUCUGCGAAACCAAAACCAGCCGCAGCUCCUGCAGCACCGAAAAAGGCAGCCAAGCUCCCACCCUCGUCUGGCCCUGAAGAAGUGAAAUAUCGGUUCUCUGCCGAGGAUGCCGAGGCCCGCGUAAAUGAGUUCAUUCCAGAAGCCAUCUGGAAUGAUCUGCAGCAAGCCCAAUGGAAAGUGAGAUUGGCAGCAAUAGAAAGCCUGUACACCCAACUCGAGGCGGAUUCGGAUGUGGAACCCGAGAUUGUCAUCCGAUGCCUGUCAAAGAAGCCGGGCUGGAAGGAGAUGAAUUUCCAAGUCAUGGGCAAGAUGUUCGGCGUACUGGAACUCUUGGCUACUUCAUGUCCAAAAUUCUCAAAGGCUUGUGCGGCCAUCGCAAUUCCGGGCUUGGUUGAAAAACUCGGUGACAUCAAACUUAAAAAAAACGCGGGAGAGUGCUUGGUGGUAUUUGCCGAAAAGACAUCCCUUCAAUUUGUCUUGUCGCUAUCUUACCCUGUCUGGAAAAAAGCCAAAUCUCCAAAGGUUCUCUCAGAUUCCCUCCUCUGGGUUCAGUCGGUUCUGAUGGAGUUUGGCAUUGCUGGACUCCAGGUCCGAGAUCUUAUCGAUUUCCUAAAGAGUGCCCUGGCAAAUACAAAUGCUUCAGUCAGAACUAGUGCGGUCACCGUAUUAGAGGUCAAAUCGUUUGUACAAGAUGUCACGCCUGCUUUGAUGGCUAUAAUUGAUACUGAAUUCGACAAGGUGGCACAAAUGGAACCCCCAAAGCCGACCAGAGCAAUGGCCGAAGAUCCAUCGGGAUCAAGUGGUGGUGGUGGCGGUUCUGGUGGAGGUGGAGGUGGUGGAGGUGGUGCAGAUGCAUUGGACGCUCUAUUCCCUCGCCAGGAUAUUUCUAAUGCACUUGGUAAAGUAGCUGCAGAAUGUGGCGAUGCAAAUUGGAAGGUUCGCAAGGAAGGUCUUGAAAAAGUACUUGCCAUUAUCGAGGGUGCCAAUAAGCGGAUCAAGCCAAACCUUGGUGACUUCCCUAGUGUACUAAAGGCACGUUUGAAUGAUAGUAACAAGCUUCUUCAGAUCACUGCAGUCGAGAUUGCCGGUCUUCUGGCUGUGGCUAUGGGCAAGCCAUUCGACAAAUACGUCAAGAUACUGACAGGUCCUGUUACGGCCGUGCUGUCUGAUAACAAGGCCAAUGUCAGGGCAGCCGGUGUGGCUACCUUGGACAGCUUCAAAAAGACUUGUGGGCUGGAAUGCAUGAUGUCUACCUUCGGAACCAGUCUUGCCGCAGAAUCGCCUGUAUUGCGCAAGGACCUCCUAACAUGGCUGGCCGCGUCUUUCCAGGAAGAUACCAGUGUAACCUUUGACGCCGUGCCUCUCAUCACACCAAUCUUUUCUUGUCUUCAGGACCGGAACGCAGAUGUCAGAAAGGCUGCUCAGGCCUGCUUACCGACAAUCAUUUCCCAAGCCGGCUACGACACCGUAAUGCAAAAGUCCUCGGACCUCAAGGGCGCACAACGCCAGACAAUCAUGCCGUUUAUCGAGGCAGCCAAAGGUUCGGCCCGUGCGCAGGAACCCGCCGCCACAAGUGCACCCUCAAAACGAGCAUCCGAAGUCAAGCGCCCUGAAUCAGUCGCAUCAAACAAAUCCGAUGACAAACCAGCUUCUUCGUCUGCGGCAUCUUCUGGAAGUAGACUCAAGCCUGUUGCUGCACGUAAGAAAAUCGGGCUUCCACUUCCACGAUCAGGAGCCAAUUCAGCUGCUGCUGCUUCUGCUGCGGCUGCGGCUGCAUCAUCUCAGGAACCGGUUGUGGCGCCAAUUACGACAGGUGAUGUACGCGCCAAACAAGUGAGAGCCAAGAAAGAAAACCGAUGGCAGUUUGAUGCUCCUCGGCCUGACAUCUGUGACGCUCUGCGGGUUUUGUGCGAAGCCAACAUGUCAUCUGAGGUCUGCAAGCUGAUGUUUAGCACCAGUCAGUAUGCUGAAAAGGACCGCCUCAAUGCCCUGAACCUAUUGGAUGAGUGCCUGACUGCACCUGAACUCUCGAUGAACAAAUACAACAUCGACUACUCAGACAUGAAACCUCGAUACAUCGCCAAUGCAGAUCUUAUCUUCAAGUACCUGACCAUCCGGUUCUUUGACACCAGUACCAGUGUACUUAUCAAAUGUCUAGACAUCACCGAACACCUGGUGUCGAUUAUGGAUGAAGAGGGCUGCCAUCUUUCAGAGUAUGAAGCUAUCUCCUUUUUGCCCUUCUUGAUCAACAAGGUCGGCGACUCUAAAGAAGUUAUGCGAGUUCGGGUCCGUAACAUCUUCAAGUCCCUUGCUCCAAUCUACCCUGCCAGCAAGCUAUUCAACUAUCUACUCGAAUCAGCCUCGAGUUCAAAGAACGCAAAGGUGCGCUCCGAGUGUCUGGAAGAAGUGGGUGCACUGAUUCAGCGCAACGGUGUGUCUGUGAUGCUCCCCAACAAGGCUCUGCCUGCCGUGGCAGUCCACAUCGGCGACCGCGAUGCAAGUGUUCGAAAUGCUGCGCUGGGUGCCAUCGCUCAAGCCUACAUAUUGAUCGGCGACCCGGUGUUUAAGCACGUGAGCCGGCUGGGCGAAAAGGAAAAGGGCAUGCUUGAAGAGCGCCUAAAGCGGACAAAGCCUUCGCCUAGCGUUCUAGCAGAGAAGGAAAAGGCCCAAAAGGAAGCCGAGGAGAUGGAGGUCGAUGAGUUGCCGAGCAUUAGCCAGUUACCUCGUCUGCCACGUUCGCAGAUCGGCAAACCCCGAAGUGGACUCCAACCGCCCUCACAGCGCCAGGCUGCGGUAGUCCAGCAGCAACAGCAGCAGCAGCAGCAGCAGGUUUAUGAGCCUGAGCCAAUGGAAGAUAUCGAGAGUGAUUAUGGCCAACGCACACCUGACCCUCCACGUAUGGCCACUGCACCUACCACUGCUGCCACAGGAGGCUUUGCCAUCGGACUCCAGGCACCUUCUUCGGUGCGCCAGCUACGCCCGACCCAGCAACAGCAGACUGUCCAACAGGCCAUACAGCAGGACCGUGGCGAAUACAUUGUGGACUAUCUGAUUUCUCAGAUCACCAGUGGCGACCCACAGGCGAGUGUGGAUGCUCUCAAACAGCUGGAUAAACUGUUGGUCAACAAGCCGGAUCUGGUCAUGGCCGACAUCGAACCGUUGGUGAAUGCGAUCACUCUUCAGGUCCGCCUAGCCUAUUCUUCAAUUGAUGUCCAGAGAGUGUUCAGUACCAGACUCUGUAAGCACCUGGUGAAUGCGCUGGUCAUGUUGUUUUCGAACCGCGAACUGGCCUGUGCAGUGUCCCAGAAUGCACUCAACCUUUUGCUCCAAGAACUGGCCCACAGACUGCUUGACCAGAGAAUGCUGGCACUUGAGUCUGGCUUGCAGCUGUCAAAGGCACUCAACGUGGCCAUGGUAAAGGUGCUCGAAAACACUCAGCGCAACGCAACAUUUAGUGCACUUCUUUCUAUAUUGGGCCAAUGCUCUGCUGGUCUCCACCCAGGAGAUGAUCCACAAAACAAAGAAACCAAAUACACCGAGCUAGUGAUGAAAUGUUUGUGGAAAUUAGCCAAAACCAUCCAGGACAAUCUGCGAACAGGCGUACUCAAUGCAGACGAGCUUUUGUUUGAGAUCAACAAGUUCUUUGUCAUGACACCGCCUACAGAGUGGAAGCGACGAGCGGCAGAUAAUGUACCGUUGGGUGAGAUGCCGUUGCGAACAGUAAAGACGCUUCUGUUGGAACUUGUGAAUGGUUUGGGAGAUUCGAUCUUCCAGCACCUGACACUUAUUGAGGAUCCACCUAGAAGUAGUGUAUACCCAUACUUGCAUCACAUGCUUGAAGCGUGUCGCAAGAAAGAACAGACCAGACAGCAGCAAUUACAACAACAACAGCAGUCGCAACAAGGCGGAGGAGGAAUGCCAGAAGAUCCUCGGUUUGCUCAUUCUCGUAAUGCUUCUCUAAGUAGACCGGCCUCUGUGGGAUCUGCAAAAUCGAAUGGUGGUGGUGGAAUGAUGCGAGGACCAUCGACGGGGGGAGCUUAUGGGGCUGAAGAACAAUCAGAAAUGAAUUCAAGUCCUCCAAAUGUACCAGACAGUCCGUCUGGUCAAGGACAACAAGCACACCAAAAUAUGGGCAGCGGUUCGCCUAAUGCAUUAAGCUCACAGGUGCAGGCGAUGCAAGUAGACGAACCAUCCUCUGAACUCAAGCCACUAUCAGACCAUGAGAAAAACCGGUUAUUGACUCAGAUUUUCCAAAAGAUUGGUACACGAGAUCAAACCAAGCAGGGUAUAAUUGAACUGUAUGAAUUCCAAAAGAAGUAUCCUUCUGCAGAGGGAAAGGUUAAUGCCUUCUUGAGUCAGUCAGGAACAUAUUUCCAGAGUUACAUCCGGCGUGGUCUCAGCAAUUUGGCAGCCGAAGACAAUGAACUCCGGGCAUCGCAAGCCAUCACCAAUAACAAUAACAACAGCAACAAUAAUAAUACCAACAGCAACAACAACAACACGACCAAUAAUAAUGUACCUUCUUCUUAUUCGACCAUUUCAAAUGAAUUCCAAAAUGUCCAGCGCACUGUGUCUCCUCCCGUUCAUGCGCCGGCUGGAAUACAGGAUCAUAGAUUAGUAGGAGUGGACCAUCGAAUGGCUCCCGAUCGAUCAAAUGAAGCAGCCGAGAAAAGACAGUUAAUACUCAGAUUACAUCAAAAAUUCGGAUACAGGAUAGAUGCCGAAGAUGGUUCGGUAGCAGAACCAAUUCAACGUCAAGAAACCUCACCAGCAUACACAUCUUACCCAACACGACGAAUGUCUCCAUUGAAUCAUGAUACUCAGUCUUCUUAUCGAACCUCAACACAUGGUGAAACAGACAGAGCCUUGUCUGUGUCUGCUUUAAAGGAAAAAUUAGCUAAAAUGAAACAGGUCAUUAAUUCUGCGGCAUCUUCUGCAUCUAAUACUUGAUUUUCCUCUAUUAUUUUUCAUUCAUUAAUUCAUUCAUUGAUUUAUAUGAUGCUUUAUGAUAAUGAUAAUGAUGACGUAGUUACUCUUCUCUCUAGUUUCUUUUUCGCCUCACAAAAUAUUAUAUACAUAAAAAACAAAUAAGCAAACAAAAUAAAUCAAUCAAUAAACAAAAAGG